UAUACACUGUACGUGGGUCUGCUCCGCUGCUGUUUUGGAUCCAGUGGACACCUCGUGUUUCGUGGAGUGGACACGCAGGACUGGACUGACUGUUCCCAAACGGGACAGAAACAUAUUUUAACACGAUGAAAAGGGAUUCAGCGGGUUCACAGUAACAAACAUCAGUGAAAGCUGCAGCCAUGGCUGUUUUCAAGCAACAGAGAGUGGAGGAUUUCUACGAAAUUGGUGAAGAGUUGGGAAGUGGACAGUUUGCUAUCGUAAAGCAAUGCCAAGAGAAAAGUACAGGUCUAGAGUUCGCUGCCAAGUUCAUCAAGAAGAGGCAGAGCAUGGCGAGUUCUCGAGGAGUACGCCGAGAGGAAAUAGAGAGGGAAGUGGACAUCCUGCAGCAGAUUCAACACCCCAACAUCGUCACGCUGCACGACGUCUAUGAGAACCGCACUGAUGUUGUGCUCAUCCUGGAGCUGGUCUCUGGAGGAGAGCUGUUUGACUUCCUGGCCCAGAAGGAGUCUCUUAGUGAGGAAGAGGCAACUCAGUUCAUUAAGCAAAUCCUUGAGGGAGUGAACUACCUCCACGCCAGGAAAAUAGCCCAUUUUGACCUCAAGCCUGAAAACAUAAUGCUUUUGGACAAGAAUGUGCCUUUACCAAGAAUAAAACUCAUUGAUUUUGGUCUGGCUCACAAGAUUGAAGCUGGAGUUGAAUUUAAAAACAUCUUUGGAACACCUGAGUUUGUAGCACCAGAGAUCGUCAACUACGAGCCACUUGGAUUAGAAGCAGACAUGUGGAGCAUCGGUGUCAUCACCUACAUCCUACUGAGUGGCGCUUCCCCUUUUCUUGGGGAAACCAAGCAGGACACACUGAGGAACAUUUCAGCUAUAAAUUAUGACUUUGAUGAGGAGUUUUUCUGUCACACCAGUGAACUGGCCAAGAAAUUCAUCAGUCAGUUACUGGAGAGGGAUAAGAAGAAAAGAUUAACAAUUCAAGAUGCUCUGAAUCACCCAUGGAUCAAGUCCAAUGAACACAAGGAGGAAAAUAAAGCCCAGGAGCCAAAGAAACGAGAGCGGCGCCAGCUGAAGACCAAGCGUCUGAGGGAGUACACGAUCAAGUCCCACUCCAGCAUGCCACCCAACAAUACCUAUGUAAACUUUGAGCGCUUUGCCCAGGUGGUGGAGGACAUUGACCAGAUGGAGAGCUCUUUCAUUAGCCUGGCAGCCGCUCAUGACUCUUUGCAGGAAGAUAUUGAUGCCAUGGUCUCUAUAUACAAUGAAAAAGAGGCCUGGUACAAGGAAGAGAGUGAAGAAGUGCGCCACGAGCUCUCACAAAUCCGCUACGAGUUUCGUAAAGUGGAGGCCUUGAAGAGGAGCCUGCAGGAUGACAUGCAGGCUUUCAGCUGCAGCCUCGACACCAUCAGCGGUCAGUACCAGGAGAGACAGAACCACUUUGAUGCUCUACGUCUGGAGCUUAGCAAUGAGCUGAAAUGGGUGCACGAGGUGGUGGGUUCAUUUCCCAUGGAUGGAGGAGGUGGAGGUUAUCCCAACUGCAGUUUCUCCACUGUCUUCAACAAUGACGUGAAUGAGGCCCUGAAAGAGCUGCUGAACCGCUCCUGUGGAGGAGAGCUGUUGUCCGGGAUCAAUCUGGACUUCUCUGAAACUGGACAGCAAAGAUAAGCUCAAAAUGAUGCACAUUUGUCCAAAAAAGGCUGUAACAGGGGGAUGAUGUUUUUUGGUACAAAAUCUUUCAUGUUUGCAAUAAAAAUUUACACUGUUCAUGCUGGAAAGGAUAUUCAUUUUUAUUCAUUUAAAGUUUCAGUGUAUAUCAUCUGUAUCUGCUCUUGUAAUUGCACAAAGUUGGCAUCUUGUCUGUUUUUGGUUGAGAUUACUGGUUUUUUCCUAAAGUAAGACCCAAUCCCAAUUCCCCCCUUGGCCCU